AUGAGUUCCAACAGAAAAUCCACCUCCGAGAAACGAAAAGGCGUUGAGGCUGACUCCUCUCCCGGCACGAUCAAGCCCAUCGGAACACCCUAUCUAUCUUCCAGCCAUUCAAUCGGCGUUCCCCACUCGAAGCAAGCCACAUGCGAAGCGUCAGUCACCUCCGGUCUGACCAAACUCAGUGGCAAGACCGCUGUCUCUUCCGGCGUCUUGAUCGGCGUACCUAAAUCGAAGAACCCCAAUGAUUAUGUUGGCCAUAUCAAGCUUGUGAAUGGGCAGGUUCUCAGUGACAGUCUCGUGCUAGAUGAUGCCGAGAUAGCUUCAUCACGCCGAGUUCUGCUUCAUGUUCAAACACAUGACGGUCCGGUGAUGAAGUUGUACCUAUGGGACAAGGCUGGCACCAACUUUAGUGAGAAAUUUAAAGCAUCUGGAGGAACAGCACGUGUUAUUUUAGUCACUACCUUAAACCCAAAACGACUUGGAGGUGCCUUAGCUCUCUCCUCUAUGACGCCAUCACGUGUGUUUUUGGACACUGAUGUCCAAGCAACCCGAGAUUAUCUCACUUGGAUGAACACGAACCUAGAUGUUGCUAACAGAGUUGAUGCAGACAUUGUCACCAAGACUGAGACAGUGACCAUAGGCGAGCUCUUUUCCUAUAUGAAGCAGGAAGAUGCCAAGGUUGUUCAGUACCAAUUGGUUGCUUGGUUUGAGUGCAUAGCAACCAUUGGUGAUGUUGCGCACGGUUCAUCAUGGUAUUACAUAGGCUGUGGUGGGUGCCACACUAAGGCAACCAAAGGGCCUACCAGCCUUAUGUGUAAGAAAUGUGGGAAAACCGAUAUUGUUGGUGUUGCACAGUACCUGGCCAAGAUCACCGUGUAUGAUAAUGAUGAUCAAGCGACUUUUGUGCUCCUUGGUGGUGCUGGACAUGAGUUAUCUGGAAAGAAAGCUUCUGAGUUGGUUGAGAAGUAUUUCGAGGCCAAUGAGAAUGUAGGAGAUGAUCACUUGGUUCCAGUACCUCAAGCUCUUAUAGAUACCAUAGGACAGACUCGCAAAUUCGUUGUGAAGGUGUCAGAUCACAAUUUGACUGGCAAGACCCAAGCUUUGACUGUGACAAAUGUGCUCACUCCAGAAGUUCCAGAAGCUAAAGCCAAUCUAGAAGGAAACGUGGCUGUACCAGACACACAGGAAACUUUGCAGAAGGAAGUUGCUGAUGAUGAUCCUUCCACAUGCUUUGGGAGUGUGAAGAGGGCUGCUGAUAAUGUUGAGGCAGAAGAUCCCAAGCGAGCCAUAAGUGGCUAG